UUUCCGGUUUCAGUUUCUGCCAUGAGUACAAAACAUGACAUAAACGGUAUUGAUAAUUGCACAAGCCAGAAAGAGAGAAAAAAUAUGAGAAGCAUGACAUCGUUCUCAUUGAAUCUCAGAAAGUAUUUUGUUGCUCUGCGACCAUGGUCGUUCACGGCUUCUCUGACACCUGUAGCCUUAGGAAGCACAUUGGCCUACAAAGCAACAUCAGAGUUUAGUUUGAGUAUAUUCUUGGUGACCUGUCUCUCAGCUCUGUCAGUUCAUGCUGCCGGGAACUUGGUCAACACCUACUUUGAUUAUCUAAAAGGAAUCGAUAGCAAGAAAGCAAGUGAUGAUAGGACAUUAGUGGACAAUGUGCUACCACCAGUGGUUGUUUCAAAUUUGGGAGCCUUCUUUUACAUAAUGGGUUGCUUAGGAUGUUUUGUAUUGACAUUCCUAUCUCCGGCUAAGAUGGAACAUCUUGCUCUCAUAUACUUUGGUGGACUGUCUUCAAGUUUUUUAUAUACUGGAGGUCUAGGACUCAAGUAUAUCGCUCUGGGAGAUCUGUUAAUAUUUCUGACAUUUGGACCACUCACCGUCAUGUUUGCGUAUCUGAGUCAAACAGGACAUUUAUCAACUAUGCCUGUACUUUAUGCUCUGCCAUUAGCUUUAAAUACGGAAUCUAUUCUCCAUGCCAAUAACACCAGAGAUAUGGAAUCAGAUCGUAAAGCUGGAAUUGUAACCAUGGCAAUACUCCUAGGGAAAACUGGAUCUUAUUUCUUCUUUGCAUUUUUAUUGUUUGUGCCAUUCAUUAUCUUUGUGUUGAUGGGACUUCAUUUAUCAUCCUGGAUGUUCCUUCCAUUGAUUUGUUUGCCAGAGGCCUUCAGUCUAGAAAGAGUUUUCAGAGAUGACAAUUUACAAAAACUACCACAGAAAGUUGCUAAAUUAAAUUUAUUUUUAGGAAUUUUAUAUACUAUUGGUUGUAUAUUGUCAAACAAAGCAGCAUUUGUUCUAUGAAACAUUUAUUUUCAGAAUAAUAUUUUGUGUGUGUUCUCUGCUACCAUGAAGAUUGAUCUUCAACAAUUUCAUGCAGAGAAAUGUGUAUAAAGUAUUCUUCUUGAUUAUAAGGUUAUCAUUCAUCAUUAUUUUUUCAUUUUAAAGACACAUUCUAUCCUAGUCAUAAUAUGUUUUAUGGUGUGACAGUUUGGGCGAGUGCAAAUUCACACAGCUAAGUCACACUUGCAAGUUUGAUCCAACUCUUUAAGUUUCACACUGCACAAGACAGUCUAAACUGUAACAUCACAUGAUGUCGUAUGUAAGUUGCAUGUCUGUAUUGUAGUCUAAAUACUAAGGCCAAGUACAACAUUUUAAUGAAAGGCAUUAUAGAGUAGAUGCAACUGUUUUUUGUUUCUUUUAAGCUCCUUGCAUAAUUUAAAUCUUUACGAAACUAAGGGACUGUUAUAUUAUUGUAUGAAAUCCUGGUAGUGAAGGAAUUCUGGGAAGGUUGCACAGGAAAAUUUUCCUGAUGAAGAUGCAUGUUUUAUUCUAAAUUUCCUCUGUUCUUACACAUUAGUCUAUUGAGCUUGCUGUGCUCCCUAUUAUUACUGUUUAUAAAAUGAAUUGAGAAAACUAAAUACACUGCCAAAUAGUUUCAAAGGAAUAUGUCAGUGAUUUAAAUAAAAUUUAAUUAUUGCAGUGAAUGUAGUGACUUUUAGUGCUUACAUAAAUUCCCUGUUUUGCAUCGCACACAGGAAUCAUUAGUUUGUGCUGGAUGAAAUUCAAGCCCUUAUCAUAAUAUACAGUACUAACUGGUUCAUGUGUCUUAAUGAAUGCAAAUGAUACAAUAUUUAUAUUUGAUUUAAGAAUUUAUUUUUCAAUGAAUUUAAUAAGGGACAUGAUGUGUUCUACUUUUAGAAUGAAUUGUAGAGAUACUACAGAGAAAUGUCAUUGACAAUUUGAUCUUUACAUUCACUACAUGUUUGUAAAUGACUUAGAUAUUAAUAAAAUUCUUGCAUAACUUUU